AGCCCAGAUGUGUUUGAAUCCCGUAUGGAAAAAAGAAAUGAAGUGAAAAAACAGCCUGUGGGAUAUUCCAAUCAAGGAGAAUUUAUCAGAUGCAUGGAGGAGAAGGCAAAAGGCUUGGGCACAAAGACAUCAAAGGGAGGAUUCACAAAGGAUAAGACACUUGAUUCAAUUCUUAAUGUUGAGAUGGUGAAAGAAAAAUCAGCGGAGGAGAUAAAACAGAUUUGGAAUCAGUAUUUUUCUGCAAAAGAUACAGUUUAUGCUGUCAUUCCUGCAGAGAAGUUUGAUUUAAUACGGAAGAGAGCCGAGAAGUGUCCAUCGUUUCUUUAUGCUUUGCCAAGAAAAGAAGGCUACGAGUUCUUUGUGGGGCAGUGGUCAGGAACAGAAUUGCACUUCACUUCCCUAAUAAACAUUCAGACCCAAGGUGAAACUGCUCCUAGCCAGUUGGUUUUGUACCAUUAUCCUGAGCUGCAGAAGGAAAAAGGGAUAGUACUCAUGACAGCAGAAAUGGACUCCAAGUUCUUGGUGGUCCACGAAGCACAGUGCUUGGCAAAUCAGGUGCAGCUUUUCUAUGCGACGGAGCGUUCCCAGACCUACGAGUUGGUGGAGACCUUCAACCACAGAUCUAGUGAAUUUAAGUAUAUGUCAGUUAUAGCAGAGCUUGAGCAAAGUGGACUUGGAAAAGAACUGAGACCUGGUCAGGUUUCUGACAAGCCAUAGAGCCUCAGGUGUGGGUGAAGCGAGCCAGCAGCAGGCAGGGGUUUCCUACAUGUCCUUUCUGUUCUGUUUUACAAAUUUGGUUUGGCUGCAGAAAGGAUCUGGAGACUUCCUGGGAGACUGAUAGUCAAGCCUGUCUGGCACUGAUGCAAGAUGAAGACUUGGACCAUUUGAACAACAAUAAUUAAAUGCCAAAAUGGAGCCCUAUACUUCAGUGCAACUUCGUCAGAGCGAGCCCUUUUCCCAUCCUGUAGCUUACUGCUGCAUGCUCUGGUUUUGAAAUCUGAAAGAAAGUGACAGAAGGGGA